GAUAUAAAUGAUCGCCACAAUGAACGGAUGAUGAUCGCGGGGUCAAAGUCGACGCGCACCGCCGGGAGCUUUUGGAGGAGCAGCCGCCGCAGCCGCAGCAGCAGCAGCAACAGCAGGUCGUUGUGCCGUUAACGACAGGAGGGGAUCCCAGUGCGUGUUGUCUGUGUGCGUUUUCUCCGUCCAAAGGCGACCGAGCGGCGGUGACGAGCGGAGGGGGGGCGACCCGGCCAGCCUGUAAGCCGAUCAAGGUGGAAACGCACACGACGAGUUUGGAUUUCUGCGCACCUACAUGCUUGUGACGGUGUGAUCGAGGUGCAAGGAUGAUGCGUCUAGCAUGCUGCACAGUCCUGCUGUUCGUAUUGAGGCUGCUGGUGGGCCUGCCUUGGUACCAAGUUCUUCCGGCCAUCCUGAUACUCUUCCUGGGAAGCGGAGGAUGGAAGUCUCUGCAGAUCUUCGCCAAAACCAUUGGCAGAGACUUACACGCGGCAGGUGUGCUGCUGCGGGUGAAGAUGAAUGUCAGGCGCCACCUGAAAGAGAAGAACACAAUUCCCAAGAUCUUUGCCGAAACGGUGCAACGCCACGGGGACAAAACGGCGCUCAUCUUCGAGGGCACCGGAGAGAGAUGGACCUUCCGACAGCUGGAUGAAUACUCCAACCGAGUGGCCAACCUGCUGCUGGAGCGGGGUUUCAGGGAGGGCGACGUGGUGGCCCUUUUCAUGGAGAACAGGUCCCAGUACGUGGGCCUGUGGCUGGGCAUGGCUAAGAUCGGAGUAGAGGCCGCCCUCAUCAACUUCAACUUGAGACUAGAGGCCUUAGUCCACUGUGUCACCAUCUCCAACGCCAAGGCUGUGAUUUUUGGAUCGGAGCUCAUAGAUGCGGUGUCUGAGAUCCACAGUUCGAUGGGGAAGGCAGUGCAGAUGUAUUGCUCCGGUGACUGGGACCCCAAAAAAGUCCCACAGGGAACCGAGUGCCUAGAGCCCCUGAUUGAUGCAGCCCCUUCUCACCUGCCCCGCCGGCCGCAGCGCUGCUUCACAGAUCGCCUGUUCUACAUCUACACAUCAGGAACCACUGGGAUGCCUAAAGCUGCUAUUGUUGUGCACAGCAGGUACUACCGCAUGGCAGCUUUGGUGUAUUACGGCUUUAGGAUGACGUCAGACGAUGUAUUGUAUGACUGCCUUCCACUCUACCACUCUGCAGGAAACAUUGUGGGAGUGGGUCAGUGCUUAAUACACGGCAUGACUGUGGUGAUCAGAAAGAAGUUCUCUGCAUCGCGAUUCUGGGAUGACUGCGUCAAAUACAACUGCACUAUCGUGCAGUACAUCGGUGAGAUCUGCAGAUAUCUGCUGAACCAGCCGAUCCGGGACACGGAGCAGCGGCAUCGGGUUCGCAUGGCUCUGGGCAACGGCCUGCGUCAGUCCAUAUGGGAGGAGUUCAUGAAGCGAUUCAACAUCCCGCAGAUUGCAGAGUUCUACGGAGCCACGGAGUGCAACUGCAGCCUGGGCAACUUCGAUAACAAGAUUGGAGCGUGCGGCUUCAACAGUCAGAUUCUGCCCUACGUCUACCCCAUCAGACUGGUGAGGGUCGAUGAGGAGACCAUGGAGCUCAUUAGGGGACCUGAUGGCGUCUGCAUUCCUUGUAAACCUGGCGAGCCUGGCCAGCUCGUUGGCAGGAUUAUUCAGAACGACCCCCUUCGUAGGUUUGAUGGCUACGUCAACCAAUCGGCAACCAGCAAAAAGAUCGCUCAUAGCGUUUUCAAGAAGGGAGACAGUGCCUAUCUAUCUGGUGACGUGCUGAUCAUGGACGAGACCGGCCACAUGUACUUCAAGGAUCGAACGGGAGACACUUUCCGCUGGAAAGGAGAGAACGUCUCGACGACCGAGGUGGAGGGAACUCUGAGCCGGCUGCUGGACAUGAAAGAUGUGGUCGUUUAUGGAGUGGAAGUGCCAGGAGCAGAGGGAAAGGCUGGAAUGGCCGCCAUCGCUGAUCCGUCUCACUCCACCGACCUGGAGAAGUUUGUGAAGGACAUGGAGAAGGCUCUUCCUCCGUACGCCAGGCCGGUCUUCCUCCGCUUCCUUCCAGAGGUCAACAAGACAGGAACGUUUAAGUUUCAGAAGACGGACCUGCGUCGGGACAACUUCGAUCCCACCGCGGUGUCAGACAGACUGUACUUCCUGGAUUCCAGCAGAGGGCGCUAUGUGCAGCUGGACGAGGAGCUUUACCGCUCCAUACUGUCAGGGAAGAACAAAUUGUGAUGACCCCCGGCUGAGCACUGCAUCUUCACAUAGACACGCACACACACACGCGUACAAAUACAGAAAAGAAGACAUUCAUGUGCGUCCAGGAUAGCGGCGAGGUUUUGUCCCCAUUAUACACAUCUAAAGUAAGAGCCAUACACUCUGGAACACAUUUACACACACACACACGCAUACAUAUUGUAUUCCCAAAACCACUUUGCUCUUUAAAACUCCUAAAUGAUAAUGAAAAAAAAAAAAAAACAGACUUAUGCACGGCACACUCAGAAACAAAACACACUGCACCACUCCAUCCAUCCAUCUCCUCAGCAGCUCCUCUCGCUACCUCAGCAAACAGAGAGGCGUAAACCCAGUAAGCAGGUCUAUUUGGUAACUUGAAACCACUCUUCAUGGCCACACAUUCUCUGCCCGCACAGCCCCUCGAACACCCGCCCCCCCAAAACCCGCCAACCCCUGGUCCGUCAGACCAAGUUGUUUUCGCUGGCGAGGGAUGAGGAGGAGGAAACAGGCUGCCUAGCAUCCAGAAUGCAAAAACUUGAAAAACUGCAGAGAAAACACAACCUUGAAAGGAACUCGGAUUCAAGCGUGCGGGACGGCAGAGGGACCCCACGUGGACCUAAAGCUCUCUGUUCAUCGUCAUGUUAGUGAGAUUGUUUUGUAAAAGACUGGAGCCUCUACCGCCGACUUAACCUGCACAAUUAGCCAGCAGCGACGAACCCUGUGUGACGUCUGAGGUUUAUCAAAGCGCUUCACUCUCUUCUUUCUUUGUUUUUUUUGAAAGGGAACAACAUAAGUAGGAAAGCCUUUGACGCAGACGUAAAAAUUAGACCAGAGGUUGAAGCUGAAAGAUUCUAAAGUGCAAUAGGGCUCCGGCGUCUGAAGUGCAAUAAUCAGCCGCGACACAUAAAAGCUGAUUUAAAGAAAAAAAAAAAGCAACACACCAAAUAUUUUUAAGUUGUAGUGUUUACAUAUUUAAGGGGAAAAAAUUAUAAACAUCUUGAUUAUUUAUGUUCUUGUAAAGGCUUUUUGUUGUUGUUAUUGUUGUAGUAAAAUCCUUUUUUUCUGCUUUAUUUGUAUCCAAAUCUUCAUCAGCUCUUGGAGUCCUUCAAAGUAGAAUGCGUUUUAUAUCAGCUGCUGGAACACAAACGUGAUCUGACUGAUUCAACCCCUGGACUAAACACAGAAACAGCGGCUCGUUCGGCUGCUGUGCGGUUUGCUCGUGUGGCCAUAUUGUGCAGGUUUUGUCCUUGAAGGUAGACUUUGCCUAUCUUAGGAGUGUGUGUGUGUAUAUUCUUCUAAAACAUAUGAAGAGCACUUGACUGAAGAGAGAGGCGCCAAAACGCCUGAUCAGCGAGAACUUGAUCCGGUGCUAAAAGAGGGAUGUUCUGCCGGAAGUUCGGGGGGGAGGAGAGCUGAACGAUCCAAAGAUUCAAAGCUUCUGAACUCGGAGGGAAGGGAGGUGGGGAUGCAUCGAAACAGAGGACAAGAAAACGCGCUUCGUCUUUAACGGUAUCGUCUGUCGUUCGCAGUAGCUGUCAUCAGAGGUUGUAGCAGCAUGAAUGAGCAUCAUCAACCACAAGCAGAGCACUGUGCCUUACUGUGAGUUCACCUCCCAGAUUCACAGGCCCUGGACCACACAUAGCGUCUCAUAGAUCCCCCUCCUCCUUAUGUUGGAUUUCAUCUUUUCUCUUCUCGCUCAGCUUCUAUCUCGUCCGGCUCCAAAUUCCUGCUCGUAGUCGCCGAUUUUAUUCCGAGAAUCAUCCUCCAGGAAUCCAUGGCAGCCCCGUCGUCCUGCCAGGUGCAGGGAGAGUUUAUGCUCAAUGGCAAUGAGUGAUUGUUUUUCCAAGACUCCACCACUCCUGCUUCAUCUCCUCUGAAUCUCUUCUUUUUUGUUUAGUCCUCCCUUUAAUUUGUCUUAUUUGCUGUGUGUUUGCUGGUUACCCAAGCUUCCCUUUGCUCAGCACUUUUUACUUUAAGCCUUUAUUGUAUUUCUGCCAACCACCCGAAACCCUUUUUUUUUUUCCCACUCAUCCAUCUGUUCCCUUCUUUCUGAUCGCGGCGCCCCUUCGAUCUUCUGUUUGAUCCUUCGCUGUCUCUGCCACGUCUGCUUCGCCUCGCCUGAUCCAGAAACAGUUAUCGAACACAGUUAGUUUGCUGACUUGUGCGUCGGCUCGCGAGAUAGUUGAGGAGGUCGUACGCUCAAAACCAUUUUUCAGGCAUCCUUUGCCGACGUGUGUUGUGUGUAGUCUGCCAUUCCCCGACGUUUUGAGUCUCCUACAGCACAGCAGAGCAGCCAGCGUUUGCUCUGCGCCGCUGUACUGUGGAAGACUUUAGAGUUUUAUUGAUGCAACACUUUGUUUUCUGCAGACUCGUUCCUAAUCCGAUUGUUUGUUUUUUUUUCGUUUAUUGGUUGCACUGACUGACACAGUUGACCUUGAUGGCUGCUGACAGCGACCGUCACAGUUGCUGUAAUUUUCCCCGUUUGGGGGGAAAAAAAAGACCAACAAAGCCGUUUGACAGGACCUAAGAUUUGUUCCUGUUUCCUCUGUCUCUCUUUCUCUCACUUGUAUUUAUUCUUUAAUGAUGAGUGUGAAAUGUUCUCUUGAAUGUCGGAAAAAGAAAAACGAGCGACCAAUGAUGAUGACGAUGAUGAUGAUGAUGUUGUGAAGUAAAGUGUGAUUUGUGUAUCUAAGGGAACACAGUCUGGCUGUUAUGAUGCUUCUGACUGAGGGUUCGUCAACCCUGACCACCAGGGGGCGUGUGACUAAACAGCCCCACAGCAGAGCACUCUGAAGAAGAUGUUUCCAUUUUCUUUUCUUUUUUUUUUUUAAUGAGUUUAAAUUAUUAUUUUUUGAAAAACUGUUAAUUAUACUUUGAUUGUUCCACUGCUACAUGUGUUUGCUUUUGUGUUUUUUUCUUUGUGUGAAAUCAUAGCUUUUGUGGUUUUGGUUUUGGGGGGAUUCAUGGAAGACAAUCGAAUGGCUGUUUUUGCUACUGUGUGUGUUUUUUUGUUUUUUUGAAAGGCAUUAGGAACUAGCCAGGAAUCUGCCUUUUCGGGGAAAAAAAAGAAAUGGUUGUAGAUGUGUGCUCGGAGCCUGUUUGCCAUUUCCACGUUAAUAAAUAUUGCCAGUCAAGGAGAGACACGCA